AUCCCUUUUAAAGUGAACAUUCAUUUAUACAGACGUGUUGGAAAAACAUUUACAUUUUUAGAAAAAUCUAACAAACCAAGCCAUACAAGUGUAGACGGAUUGUUUCUUGAUUGUAUUCGACGUAUACUUUUGAAGGCCUGGUCUCAUAUAUAUGUACGGUCUGUGAACGCAAUCCACUGUAAAUGCAGCAGGUGGCAUACUGUCUGGCCCUAGGCCUCUUCGUCCUUAUCAUGGGUAUCCAUUGUCACCCAGAACGGCCCAACAUACCCGUCGACCCGGUGGCUCAAGCCAUCUUCCAGACGGCGGAGGCGAACCGAACCCCCGACGGCUUCCUCACGCAGGAAGAGAUGACAGAGAUCUUCCAGCGCUUCGACAUGAACGCUGACGGCAACAUAGACGAGACGGAGUUCAUCGCGCACUGGACGCUGCUGAAGCUCGGGGACCUCGAGCACGCGGUGACGCUCUUCCACCGGGCAGACACGGACAGGAACGGGGAGAUCUCCAAGAACCCCGACUUUGCGAGGCUCUUCUAUUACUUCGACAGAGACGGUGACCAUAAAAUCGCAGAGUCGGAGUUCCUCGCGGUUUGGUACAGCUUGUCCACAUAAAACAUAUCGCGUAUCUGUCACUGACAAUAAAAUAAAUUACUGACGUAUCCGCUU